AUGGCUGACGAUGAUACAGUUGUCGUGAGCGAUCUGCCUACCGCUGUAGAGGAGCCACCAGAUGGAGAAGAAGGUGAAGAACCAGAUCCAGGAGCUGGUUUGACGGAUGCUAAGAGACAAGUGUUGGAGAAAUGCCUCCACGCUCUCAACCAUGCUAAGAAUGAUAGCCAAACUUUGGCUGCACUUCUCUUGAUUACUCGUUUGUGCCCAGCGUGCCAACUGGACAAGCCCACCUUGCGACGCAUCUUUGAAGCGGUGGGUCUCAACCUUCCAGCGCGGUUAUUGGUGACGGCGGCCAAGGGGAGCGGGGAUCCCGCUUUGCCCCCUCAUGAGCUCAUUUCCUUGGGUACGGCUCUCUUGUCCGCAUUGAGCACCGAUCCGGACAUGGCUUCUAAGCCUCAGCUACUCGCCACGAUUCCGCUAUUGCUGGAUAUCUUGGCACGUGAGCCGAAACACCAACAAACAGUGGAUGGAAAUGGAGACGGUAUAAGCGACGAGGCUGUUGUGGCUGACUGCUACCAGGUUCUGACGGCCAUCUGCGCCCAACCUAGAGGUUCUGAACACCUGCUAAACCGAGGCGCCGUUCCAGUUCUCUGCCAGGUGUUGGAAAAGAACCAAACCUUAAGCCAGAAAAUGGGCUUACCCUUGCUAGUUUGCCUCCUUUCGGGCAAAACCAAAGACAAAGCGUGGCACAAACACUCGGACGUUUUGCUAACUUUGCUAGUUAAGUUGUCCAAAGAUUUCUGCCAGUCCACGGACCAAAACAGGCUGCGGUUUUGCUCCCAGUUAGUCAACGUUCUGCCUCCAGGGGGAGUCGAGGUUGAAAAGGAGAUUCUUAGGGACGCCGUGACCCGAGUGUGGGGGGCACUUCGACCCACGGUGCAAGCUAAGCUAACACCAAGACAAAUUGGGCCAGUUUUGGUCCUCAGCGCUUGUUUGCUCGAUUUAUGCGGAUGGGAGCUAGCCGGACCGCCCAAGUUCUGCUGCUUACUAGUGAACAGAGCUUGCGUGGAGGUCCGGAUGGGUUUAGAAGAACCACCUGGAACUGAUUUGAGCAGAGAUUUGAAGGACACACUCACAGGUUGUUACCGGAUCAUGGAAGCUGCCAUCGAGCAGGCCUGUAGCACACCGCUUCCGUCCAAUCAGAAAGCUGUUUCCGCCUUAACUCUACAACAGAGCAGGCAGGUUUUAAGCGUGCUGGAAGAGGCCUUCUCAGCGUUGGUGUACCAUCUACAACAGGUGGACCCGAGUCGCUACGGUGACCCGUUUCUCUUCGCGACGUUCCGCUGCCUGUGUUCCUGGCUAGCUGAGGAGACUUCAUGUCUGAAGGAAGAAGUGACCUCACUGCUGCCAAUGCUCAUUGACUACUCGCGCAGUCACUUCCUGGUUGAGAAGUCCGAGGCGGGGCUCGGGGAGUGGAUGGACAAAAUGUCGGUUGAAGAUAGCCAAACGUGGACGGGGAAAGAGGCGUUCAGGUAUCUCCUGCCGGCUUUAUGUCACCUGUCAGCUGAAGAAGCUCCAAGGAAGGUUCUGCUCACUCUGGAUACGCCUGCCUUGCUCGUGCGCUACCUGUUGCACGGGUUUACGACCGUGAAGGGGAAAAGCGGGGCGUCUUCCAUGAGGGACCCCAGCAUGGAGACGGCAUGCUCGGUUCUCCUUAACUUCGCAGUCACGGAGCCUGAAAGAGUUGGGAAGGAUCAAUGCUUCAGAACAUUAGAGAAUCACCUAAGUGAAGCUCUUCCGGUUUUGGUGCACAAACCAAACCUGCUUGUCCUCGCAGCCAAUUACUGCACUUUGGGUUUGAUGAUUGGACGACUGAAAACAACUCCGACAGGUUUGAAUGAAUCUGCUCCUCGCCACUUCCUGUCCACCGCCCUCCGCUUCCUCCACAGCGCUCUGGACCCCGCGCUUAACCCGGGCCCGCUCAAACUGAGCCCCACCUGGGAAGAAAACUGGGACGAAGCGGCCGAGCUCUGGAGGUUGUCCUUACAAGCUCUUGCCAGCUGUUUCCGCUCGCAAGCGUGGACCGCCGAGCUAGCCAGAGAAGAAGGUUGGUUGAGCAACACGUUGGGCACGCUGGCUCGAUGCAGCGCGCUACCGGAUCAGCACACGCAGGAGGCGCUAGAGGAAGCUCUGUGCGCGUUGGCCGGCCAAUGUCGACUUGCAAAACAGGAAAUUGGAGAUGUCAUGAAGGGAGAAGAGAAAGGAGCUUUAGGUAAUAUGAGGAAUUUGAAGAAAAUAGUGGAAGUAAAAUGA